GUGACAGGAAGCCCGGUGUUUGACUGGCUGCCGGUGACAGAGGAGCCGUCAUGUCGCUGCAGUUUACAGAUGAGGAGUUUCAGGACGCGUGGAAGGAGCUGGACGAGCCGCAGCUGGAGGGAGGAUGGGAGCUCUUCACCGAGACGAUGGGAGUGAAAAUCUACCGCCUUUAUGACAAGGAAACUGGACUUUAUGAGUACAAAGUCUUUGGUGUGCUCACCACCUGCACUCCAGAGCUGUGUGCAGAUGUCUACAUGGACUUGACCUAUCGGAAACAUUGGGAUGGAUAUGUGAAAGAGCUCUAUGAGAAAGACUUUGAUGGACAGUCAGCAAUCUACUGGGAGGUGAAAUACCCGUUUCCUCUGUCAAACAGAGACUAUGUGUACAUCAGGGAGAGGAGAGACCUGGAUGUGGACGGCAGGAAGAUCUGGGUGAUCCUGGCCAGAAGUUCUCCGGAGACGCCGUGUGCAGAAAAGAGCGGCGUGCUGCGGGUCAAAGACUACAAGCAGAGCGUCGCCAUGGAGAGCGACGGAGCGUGUGGAACUAAAGUUUUCUUGAAUUACUUCGACAACCCUGGUGGUAUGAUUCCUACCUGGCUGGUGAACUGGGCAGCCUAAGGUGAGUGCACACAAGUUUAUUUUACUUUAAUUUCCAUUUUACUGCAAAUACAGUACAAACAAUGCAAGUAUACUUAAAGAAAAAAAACAACCUCUUUAAAUCUGAUUGGUCCAUUGAGUAGCUGAAGGGCCUGACUGAACAGUCACAGAUGGCUCACAUGUACAGAAUUUCUUGAGUGGGAUAAAUAAAGUGUAGCUCAACAUGACUGGUUUGAAUCACGAAUCAUGUCAAACUUUAGAGGUGCAGAGUUGAGUCUGCAACAUAUUUUAUUUAGCAGUUAGGAUCUCAUGUAACAUUUGCAUGAUUUAUUGCAGGAAGAAAUGUGUUCAGUUUGUGCAAACUUGCCUCACUUAGAGAUAUUUCUCAACAGAGGAGAUUUGAAUUCCUGCAUGAGGAUUAGACUUCCUCAGCUGCAUGAAGGAGAGAAAAACUAGGUGUGUAAGAAAACUGAAGGAGGUGGUUGUAUUAUAUGUUGAUAAGUAACACAUGCAACCAUGAGCCUGUGCUUCGUUCCUUCCCCCCCUGCUCUCCAUCAUCAGCUGUACUGUGUUAUAAUACAACCAAACUCAUGAGGUAGUUGUUCUGUUUUACAUGUUUUUAUGUCUUGUCAGAAAACUGAACUAGCAAAAAAACUGUAUUUUGAAAAGUGAGUUUCCCCUGUUCACAUUAAAACGCCAGGCUGACAGUUUUAGAUUUAUCCACUUUGGGGAACUUUUUUUUUCCUCCAACAUUUUUUUUUUUGUUUUACAUUUCACUAAUUGUGCUUGUACUUUUUGUCUGCAGUUAAUUGUAUGUCUGAUGUUCAGGGUCAGAGGUUUGAUUUGGUUGAAAAAUGUAAAGCCUUGUUCUAAAUAUUUUAAGGAUAUAAUGUGUUCAGACUUCCCCACCAGCAAAUCACGAUCUCCAAAACGUACAUAUGUUCACUGCUGACCUACAGAAAAAGCUCUUUGAUGUGGGCUUUAAAGUGGGUGUUAAAUGGGUUCACUCACAGGCCUCACAGAGCUCCAUCCCUCCGCCUGCUUCACGCUUUUUCCAGCAUUAUUGUUAGCAGAUGUGUGGCAGGGUGAUGUCAACAGCUCCUCACUUGGUUGCCCCUCCUGGGUGGGUCUUCUUGGCACAUGUGCUCCUAACGCUCACUGACAGAUACUCUCUGUGUGUUUUCAUUAAACAGAGUGGCGUGCCAGGUUUCUUAACAGACAUGCAGAAGGCCUGCGGCAAUUACAAAACCUACUGCCAGAAGAAAUGAGUGCAGCUGACAGGACAGGGGCUCACGCACAAGGGCUUUGAUCCGUUUUAUUGAUUUUUAGUUUUGGGAGAUGUUUUGAUGUUCUAUGUUGAAAUGUGACUUUUCUGUAUGGGGUGAAUGCGGCAUGGUGUGGGCUGCUACUUUUCACUGUAGCAUGCUUUUGACUCAGGCAUGAUCUGCAUGACCAGCUGCCCUCAUUAACAGGCUGGUGUGAAUCAAUUCUGUUCGGCUGUGCUGUUUUAAUCAAUGCUGUAUUGUCUUUUCUGUGCUAUCACUGUAAGCUCCAGUCCCCUCCAGGAUUUAGGAGCUUUCAUAGCAAUUUUUAAGUAAAUGUUUAUAUGAAAAGAAUCAAAUAUAUUAUUAUUUGAGUGGUGAAACUGAUUAGGAAAAGUUGCAGCUUCUUGCAUAUGUCUUUUCCUCAUUUUAAUUUGCUAAUUUUAUAUGUUAAAUGCAACAAGAUGCAAUAUAAUUUGAUUUAUUGUUUGUUUGGUCACACUGGAAUCUUCUCACUGUCCUUUUCAAUUCAGUUGAAUUCACUCAUUUAUUAUAAACUAAGUGAAAAUGACAAAUCUGCUCCCUCAGAGGAAAGGAUGCCAGGCUAGGUGUGGUUCAUUUCCAUGGGUUCAUUACUUAUGCAAAGACCAUGUUAUGGAUGCAUAUGAUCAAAGAUACAGUAUCUGAGAUGAUACUGUAUUCAGGCUGUACUCAGUACCUCAGUGCUCCUGUUGAUACAGAUACAUAUGUUUUAAUCUGGUCAUGAAAUGCCUAUUACUGUGUAAUAUUGCUGUGUUAUUGAAAUUAAUAAAUUUUUAAUU